AUGACAGCUGGAGAAAAGUUUACUGGUUAUGCUGGUUUAGAGCCAUUUGUUUUGAAGGAUGAAAAGACACACUUGCAAGUUUAUCAAUUUGAACCACGUCCUCUUGAAGACGAUGAAGUAGAGAUAAAGGUCUCUGCUUGUGGCAUCUGUGGAUCUGAUGUUCAUCAAUUGACCAAUGGUUGGAAGCGAGCCACGUAUCCUCUUAUUGCUGGCCAUGAAUUUAUAGGUCAAAUCACGGCUGUCGGUAGUCAAGUACGUGAUAGAUAUGUAGGUCAACGCGUUGGUGUUAGUCCUAUAUGUAGAUCAUGCGGAGAUUGUGUUGAGUGUAACAGUGCCCAUGGCCAACUUUGUCCUUCCAAAGUAACCACAUAUAAUGGCAAUUACAAGGGAAAGACAACCUAUGGUGGAUAUUCAGAUAGAGUACGAGUUCAAGGAACUUGGGCUAUUCCUAUUCCUGACAACAUUAGUGACCAAGAGGGUGCACCUUUACUUUGUGCAGGAAUUACAACUUUUCUUCCUUUUAAGCAUCAUAAUAUUGAUGCUAACACAUCAGUUGGCAUUAUUGGUAUUGGUGGGCUUGGCCAUUUAGCUAUUCAAUGGGCCCGUGCUAAAAAAUGUGCUCAGAUAUUAGCGAUUUCAACAUCCACUAGAAAGAGCCAAGAUGCCUAUGCAUUGGGUGCUACCGACUUUGUUGUUCUGGACAAGGAUGGCCAAUUUGAUAGUAAAUAUGCUCUUAGUGUAGAUGUCUUGCUUGUAUGUGGAUCAGGUAAAUCUACCAACUGGGGCAAAUUAGCAGAACUUGUAAAGACAAGAGGCAAGAUUGUAUUGAUUGAUUUGCCUGAUGAGCCUAUUUCUAUGCCUGCUGGAGCACUUUCUUAUCGUCACAUUAGUUUGGUUGGCACCUUUGUAGGCAGUAAUGUAGAUUUAGAGGAAAUGUUGGCAUUUGCCAGCGAAACAGGUGUUCGACCUUGGAUCCAAACUGUCGAGAAUACAUUAGAAGGUGUAAAUGGUGGUAUCAAAGACCUAAUUCAGGGAAAAGCCCACUAUAGAAUUGUCAUUGGUGGUCGUCAAUAAUAAAACAUUUUAUUUUAAUUUUAAUUUUACAAGCCUUCUUUAGGCCACAUCCAACCAAACGUAUCUUCCAUAUCACCACUUUGAAUACCACGGUAUGCAUCGUAUAGUUUCUUGAAGCCUUCACCAAUAUCUGUUUGUUCGCCACUACCAAUGACGAUGGUUUGGUUGCCAUGAACAAUCUUCUUAACAGGUGUGAUAAUAGCAGCUGUUCCACAAGCAGCAACUUCUUCAAAUUUGCCUUCUUCCACUUCUUUCAAAGCAACAGCUCUUUCUUCAACCUUCCAGCCAAGGUUCUUUGCAAUAUCUUCAAGAGAAAGACGAGUAACAGAUCUAAGGAUACUGUUUGAAUCAGGUGUGACAAACGUACGAACACCGUUAGCAUCUUUUGAAAGGUGUUAGUCCUACAAUCUACCUAUAUGUGUGAUUUACCAGGAUAAGUAAGAGCAACAAAAUUGGAUGUAGAGAAUUCAUCAAUAUGAGUAUGCGUCUUUG